AUGCGAGGCCCCGCGGCCGCGAGUGCGCAGCGGGCGGCGGCUGCGCGGCCCGGGCGGCAGGCGCGGCGGCGGCGCUAGCCCGAGCCCGGCCCCCGGCCCCUCGCGCGCGCCCCCUGCGCCCCCCGCGGCCCCGCCGCCAUGGACCUGCCCGUGGCGCCUGGCGCGCCGGGGCCCAGCAACGUCCCGGCCUUCCUCACCAAGCUGUGGACCCUCGUGAGCGACCCCGACACGGACGCGCUCAUCUGCUGGAGCCCGAGUGGGAACAGCUUCCACGUGCUGGACCAGGGCCAGUUUGCCAAAGAGGUGCUGCCCAAGUACUUCAAGCACAACAACAUGGCCAGUUUCGUUCGCCAGCUCAACAUGUACGGCUUCCGGAAGGUGGUGCACAUCGAGCAGGGUGGCCUGGUCAAGCCUGAGCGCGACGACACCGAGUUCCAGCACCCCUGCUUCCUGCGCGGCCAGGAGCAGCUGCUGGAGAACAUCAAGAGGAAGGUGACCAGUGUGUCCACCCUGAAGAGUGAGGACAUCAAACUUCGCCAGGACAGCGUCACGAGACUGCUGACGGAUGUACAGCUGAUGAAGGGAAAGCAGGAAAGCAUGGACUCCAAGCUCCUGGCCAUGAAGCACGAGAAUGAGGCGCUGUGGCGGGAGGUGGCCAGCCUGCGGCAGAAGCACGCCCAGCAGCAGAAAGUCGUGAACAAGCUCAUCCAGUUCCUCAUCUCGCUGGUGCAGUCAAACCGCAUCCUGGGGGUGAAGAGAAAGAUCCCCCUGAUGCUGAACGAUGGCAGCUCGGCGCACCCCAUGCCCAAGUACAGCCGCCAGUUCUCUCUGGAGCACAUCCACGGCCCCAGCGCCUACUCGGUGAGCGCCAAGCCGGUGCAGGGCUGCGGGGGCCGGGGCUCACAGCCCACCCACCACCUCCCUCCGCCGCAGGCGUCCUCCCCCGCCUACAGUGGCUCCAGCCUCUACUCCCCAGACGCGGUGGCCAGCUCCGGGCCCAUCAUCUCCGACAUCACCGAGCUGGCCCCCAGCAGCCCCCUGGCCUCCCCAGGCAGGAGCCUAGAGCAGAGGGCCGGGAUGCGGGUCAAGGUGGAGCCCCCCAGCCCGCCACGGAGCCCACGGGUGGAGGAAGCCAGCCCCAGGCGCCCGCCCUCUGUCGUGGAGACGCCCCUGUCCCCAACCACCUUCAUCGACUCCAUCCUGCGCGAGAGCGAGCCGGCCCCCACCGCCUCGGCUGCCCCCCUCCCAGAGGCCCGCUCGCCUGCACCCACCUCGGCCCCCGAGAAGUGCCUCAGUGUCGCCUGUCUGGACAAGACGGAGCUCAGUGACCACUUGGAUGCCAUGGACACCAACUUGGACAACCUGCAGACCAUGCUAACGAGCCACGGCUUCAGCGUGGACACCAGCGCCCUGCUGGAUCUGUUCAGCCCCUCGGUGACUGUGCCCGACAUGACCCUGCCUGACCUCGACAGCAGCCUGGCCAGCAUCCAGGAGCUCCUCUCUCCGCAGGACCCCCCACGGCCCCUGGAGGCCGACCACAGCAGCCCUGACUCAGGGAAGCAGCUGGUGCAUUACACGGCACAGCCCCUGUUCCUGGUGGACCCCAGCUCCGUGGACGUGGGGAGCAGUGAGCUGCCGGUGCUCUUUGAACUGGGAGAGGGCUCGUACUUCUCGGAGGGGGAUGACUACACGGAUGACCCCACCAUCUCCCUGCUGACAGGCUCCGAACCCCCUAAGGCCAAGGACCCCACUAUCUCCUAGAGGCUCCAGAGAAGGGCUAGUGGUGCCGGCUGGGUUUGGUGGCAGCUGGAGACUGGAUGCCCCCAGUCAGCUGCAAGGGCCCAGCCUUGUGCCACCCCUGGCUGCCCAAAGCUCCACAGCCACACAUGGACCGAGUAGGAUGCAGCUGUUCAGAGGAUCGGAUUUUGGGUUUUUCCACAGCUUCCCCUUCCCCUGUAGAGACGCGUGGACCGAUGGGACAGGCAGCGAUCUAUAAAGAAUGGGCUUAGCA